AUGAAGCCUGUAGGAUGUAGAUGGGUGUUUAUAGUUAAAUAUAAUGCAGAUGGUACUGUGGAGAGGUACAAGGCAAGAUUAGUAGCUAAAAGGUUCACUCAGACAUAUGGAGUUGAUUAUCAUGAUACUUUUGCACUAGUGGCUAAGAUGAAUACUGUCAGAGUUUUGUUGUCCUUAGCAGUAAACUUGUAUUGGACCUUAAGGCAAUUUGAUGUAAAAAAUGCAUUCUUACAUGGUGAACUAGAAGAAGAAGUGUACAUGAGUCUUCCACCAGGGUAUAGCGUUAACGGUAACACGGGGAACGUGUGCAAAUUAAAAAAAGGCAUUGUACGGGUUAAAGCAGUCUCCUCGGGCAUGGCCAAUACUGAUCAUACUCUAUUCAUUAAACAUAGGGCUGAAAUUGAGGAACUCCAAAAGCAUUUAGCAUAUGAAUUUGAGAUGAAAGAUUUGGGCAGUCUGAAAUAUUUUCUGUGGGUGGAAGUCACUCGAUCUAAACAUGGCUUAUUUCUUUCACAAAGGAAGUAUGUCAUGGACUUGUUAGCAGAUACUGGAAUGCUUGACUGUAAACCAGCUGAUACACCUAUUGUUGAGAAUUAUAAACUUGGUGUUUAUGUGGUUCAGGUCCCAACUAACAAAGAAAGAUACGAAAUGUUGGUUGGGAGAUUGAUUUAUUUAUCAUUGACACGCCCUGAUAUUGCCUAUGCGGUAAGCUUUGCUAGCCAAUUUAUGCAUUCCCCUAGUGAGGAUCAUAUGGCUGUUGUGAUGCAUAUUCUGAGUUACUUAAAGUCUGCUCUUGGGAAAGGUUUAUUAUUUAAGAAAAAUGACAACUUGGAUUUAGAAGGCUACACUGACGCGGAUUAUGCAGGGAAUAUUACAAAUAGACAUUCUACAUCAGUUACGUGGCGUAGCAAGAAGCAAAACAUUGUGUCUCGGUCCUCUGCAAAGUCUGAGUAUAGAGAGAUUGCCCAAGGGGUUUGUGAAAUACUGUGGUUGAGGUGGUUACUUGCUGAAAUUGGGUUUAGACCGGAUGCUGCUACAAAGCUCUACUGUGAUAAUAAGUCUGCAUUUGAAAUUGCUAACAAUCCAAUGCAACAUGAUCGAACUAAGCAUGUAAAAGUUUAUCAGCAUUUCAUUAAGGAGAAGCCGGAGCAUAAGUUAAUUUCUAUACCUUUUGUGCCUUCUUCAGAGCAGCUUGCAGAUAUGCUUACCCAUGCCGUGUCAAAGCGCCGACUUGAAGACUCACUUGACAAGUUGGCCAUUACCGAUAUCUAUGCACCAACUUGA